CGAAGCCUUCACACCAAAGGAGGAGUCUCCUUACAAAGCUCCCAUAUAUAUUCCUGAUGACAUCCCAAUUCCCUCCGAGUUUGAGCUUCGAGAAUCUAAUGUUACUGAAGCCGGAUUAGGGAUAUGGACUAAAAGGAAGAUUGAAGUAGGUGAAAGAUUUGGGCCAUAUGUAGGAGAACAUCGUCCAAGUCUCAAAGAUCCCAGUCAUGGAUGGGAGAUCUUGGAUGAGUAUUACAAUGUGAAAUUCUGCAUUGAUGCCAGUCAGCCAGAUGUAGGAAACUGGCUGAAGUAUAUCCGAUUUGCUGGAUGCUUUACUCAGCCCAACCUUGUUGCAUGUCAAAUAAGCAAUCAGAUAUAUUACAGAGUAGUAAGAGACAUUGAACCUGGGGAAGAACUCCUUCUGUUCAUGAAGACCGAAGACUAUUCGCAUGAAACAAUGGCUCCAGACAUUCAUGAGGAGCGUCAGUAUCGGUGCGAAGACUGUGAUCAGCUGUUUGAGUCCAAGGCAGAACUGGUGGACCAUCAGAAAUUCCCAUGCAGCACACCUCACUCAGCAUUUUCUAUGGUAGAAGAGGAAUUUCAGCCAAAGCUUGACAAGGAGAAUGAUCUCCAUGAUAUGCAAGACAUCCAAGAGUGCAAAGAGUGUGAUCAAGUGUUCUCGGAUGUACAAAGCUUAGAAAAGCACAUGCUGUCCCACACUGAAGAAAGAGAGUACAAGUGUGACCAGUGUCCCAAAGCCUUUAACUGGAAGUCCAACUUGAUACGCCACCAGAUGUCACAUGACAGUGGGAAGCACUACGAAUGUGAAAAUUGUGCCAAGCAGGUUUUCACGGACCCCAGCAACCUCCAGAGGCAUAUACGUUCGCAGCAUGUUGGGGCUCGUGCACACGCUUGUCCAGAGUGUGGCAAAACAUUUGCCACUUCUUCAGGCCUCAAACAGCACAAACAUAUCCACAGCAGUGUCAAGCCUUUUAUAUUACGCUGCCCUAGCUUGGGAGAAAACUCACCAACACCAUCUCACCAACACAAAGGUGAGGUCUGCCAUAAAUCCUAUACUCAGUUUUCAAACCUUUGCCGUCAUAAGCGUAUGCAUGCUGAUUGCAGAACCCAAAUCAAGUGCAAAGACUGUGGACAAAUGUUCAGCACUACGUCUUCCUUAAAUAAACACAGGAGAUUUUGUGAGGGCAAGAACCAUUUUGCGGCAGGAGGAUUUUUUGGCCAAGGCAUAUCACUUCCUGGAACCCCAGCUAUGGAUAAAUCUUCCAUGGUUAAUAUGAAUCAUGCAAAUCCGGGCCUUGCUGACUAUUUUGGUACCAAUAGGCAUCCUGCUGGUCUUACCUUUCCAACAGCUCCUGGAUUUUCUUUUAGCUUCCCUGGCCUGUUUCCUGCAGGCUUGUACCACAGGCCACCUUUGAUACCUGCUAGUUCUCCUGUCAAAGGACUUCCAAGCACAGACCAAACAAUCAAAAGUCAAAGUCCCCUCCUGACACAUCCUCAGUCACUGCCAGCUACCCAGGAUAUUUUGAAGGCACUAAAUAAGCACCCACCUAACCUAGGUGAGAAUAAGCCAGAGGAGCUUCAACCAGAGAGGUCCUCCGAAGAGAGGCCACAUGAAAAGAUCAGUGACCAAUCAGAGAGUAGUGACCUUGAUGAUGUCAGUACCCCCAGUGGGAGUGACCUGGAGACCACCUCUGGCUCUGAUCUGGAAAGUGACAUUGAAAGUGAUAAAGAGAAAUGUAAAGAAAAUGGUAAAAUGUUCAAAGACAAAGUAAACUCUCUUCAGAAUUUGGCUUCCGUAAAUAAUAAGAAAGAAUACAGCAAUCAUUCCAUCUUCUCACCAUCUUUAGAGGAGCAAACUGCGGUGUCAGGGGCUGUGAAUGAUUCUAUAAAGGCCAUAGCCUCUAUUGCUGAAAAAUACUUUGGUUCUACAGGACUUGUGGGUCUACAAGACAAAAAAGUCGGAGCCUUACCUUACCCUUCCAUGUUUCCCCUCCCAUUUUUUCCAGCAUUCUCUCAGUCAAUGUACCCAUUUCCUGAUAGAGACUUGAGACCGUUACCUUUGAAAAUGGAACCCCAAUCGCCAGGCGAAGUAAAGAAGAUCAUAAAGGGAAACUCCGAGUCUCCCUUUGACCUCACCACUAAACGUAAGGAGGAGAAACCACUUACUCCUGUCACCUCAAAACCAGCAACUCAACCAGCGACCAGCCAAGACCAGCCUCUAGAUUUGAGUAUGGGCAGCAGGAGCCGAGCCAGUGGUACAAAACAGACUGAGCCUCGGAAAAACCACAUAUUUGGAGGAAAGAAGGGAGAUGACCUUGAACUGAGGAAGUCAUCAGACAUAUCUUUACAGCAUGCAAGGCCUACACCUUUCUUUAUGGAUCCCAUUUACAGGAACGUCGAUCUCCACUGCAAUCAAAGGUGUUUCACCCAAGAACUCAAAACACGUUGUACCAUAGCAACACAAUGUGGAACUCAAGGAGUAGAGAAACGAAAAUUAACCGAUCCACUUGAAGCUUUAAAGGAAAAGUACUUGAGGCCCUCCCCGGGAUUCUUGCUUCAUCCCCAUUUCCAAUUGCCUGAUCAAAGAACUUGGAUGUCAGCCAUUGAAAACAUGGCCGAAAAGUUAGAGAGCUUUAGUGCCCUGAAACCAGAAGCCAGUGAGCUCAUACAGUCCGUCCCGUCCAUGUUCAACUUCCGAGCCCCGCCCAGCACCUUGCCGGAAAACCUUCUGCGGAAGGGCAAAGAACGCUAUACCUGCAGAUACUGUGGCAAGAUUUUCCCAAGAUCUGCAAAUCUAACCCGUCAUCUGAGGACACACACUGGAGAACAGCCUUACAGAUGCAAAUACUGUGACAGGUCUUUCAGCAUAUCAUCCAACCUGCAGAGACAUGUUCGUAACAUCCACAAUAAGGAGAAGCCCUUCAAAUGUCACUUAUGUGACAGAUGCUUUGGCCAACAAACCAACUUAGACAGACAUCUCAAAAAGCAUGAGAAUGGCAACAUGUCUGGUACUGCUACGUCUUCACCACACUCUGAACUUGAAAGCACAGGGGCUAUCCUAGAUGACAAAGAGGACUCAUAUUUUACAGAAAUUCGGAAUUUCAUUGGGAAUAGCAACCACAACAGUUCAGAAGAAAGAAUGAAUGGAAGUCACUUUAAUGAUGAAAAGACUUCGGUGGCAAACCAGAACUCAGACUUGUUGGAGGACGAGGAAGCAGAAGACGAAGUAAUGUUGGAUGAAGAAGAUGAAGAAAGCGAGAUAACGGGGAAGCCAGCUAAAGAACCUGUGGCAAGCAGCAUAUGUGAAGAGGCUACCGAGGGAGACUACGAGGAAGCAAAUGCUUUGGAAAUGAAUUGCAAGUCUUCUCCUGGCAGGUAUAAAGAAGAAGAAUUUAAUAAAACUGGACUUUCUGCUUUGGACCAAAUAAGGCACUUCACUGAUAGCCUCAAAGUGAGGAAAAUGGAAGAAAACCAGUUUAGUGAAGCCGAACUGGCGUCAUUCAGCACCUCCCAUCUGCCAGAAGACUUAAAGCAACCAUUGUAUCGCAAGUCCAAAUCACAGGCGUAUGCGAUGAUGCUUUCGCUCUCCGACAAGGACAUCCUCCACUCCACAUCCCACAAUUCCUCCAGCAUGUGGCACAGUGUGGCAAGAGCUGCCGCAGAAUCCAGUGCUAUCCAAUCCAUUAGUCAUGUAUGACACCAUCAACGUAACUGGAUUGGGACCAAGUCCAAACUAGCAUUGUGGCUCUUUCAUAGAAGACUAUUUAAAAGACUGCGGAGCAGAAUGCCUUAGAAAUCUGACGGGUCACAUUUAAAGUCAGGUGACCUUAAACUGAAUGAUUGAAAAAAAAGAGAACUAUUUAUUCUCAAUAUUUUGUUUUGCACAGCGAAGGCAGCUGCUGACAUUUUGAGGAUCAAUGCGACUUUCAAAAUACAUGGAUCAAAUAGACCUUGAUGGGGAAAUAUGUGUCUUCCACUCCACCUUCUUGGGGAGGGACUAAAGGGUUAAGUCUUGUAUUCAUAUACAAUCAUACACACAC